UGACCGAACAGUGCAAAAUCUUCUUAGAAUCGAAGAAGAAUUUUGAUAAGUUUUAAAAUGACAAAUUGUCAAGAUAGAAAUUUUACAUUCCCUUUUAUGGCAAACAUAACCGCUAAGCUACGGUUUAGUGAUUAAGAUAAAAGGAAGUGUUACAAAAACUGUAACUAUUGUGCCAAAAUCUUGCUAGUAACAGUACUUAGUAAUUUCCAAAUAUUCAACAUAUUAGGAAUUUUAAUUUGGUUAAAUUUUAACUAAUUUUGAAAGUACACCGCCCGGAAAAAAUGUCAUACGCCUCAAAAAGCAUUUAUGCCGCUUUACCCAGGACCCAAAGGGGUCAACCUUUAGUUUUGGGUGGAGAUCCAAAAGGAAAAAAUUUUCUAUAUACCAACGGAAAUUCCGUUAUUAUCAGAAAUAUUGAGACUCCCUCUAUUUCUGAUGUCUAUACUGAACACUCUUGCCAAGUAAAUGUUGCUAAAUAUUCUCCUAGUGGUUUCUACAUUGCUUCUGGAGACCAAUCUGGAAAAGUAAGAAUUUGGGACACAGUUAACAAGGAACACAUCUUGAAGAAUGAAUUCCAUCCAAUUGGAGGACCAAUCAAGGAUAUCGCGUGGUCGCCUGACAAUCAAAGAAUGGUCGUUGUUGGUGAAGGACGUGAACGUUUCGGUCAUGUUUUCAUGUCUGAAACUGGUACGUCUGUAGGAGAAAUAUCAGGACAAUCGAAACCUAUCAAUUCGUGUGAUUUCCGGCCAAGCAGGCCUUUUAGGGUAAUAACAGGAUCUGAAGAUAAUACUAUUGCUGUUUUUGAAGGACCACCAUUCAAGUUCAAGAUGACUAAACAAGAUCACACUCGAUUCGUUCAAGCAGUCAGGUACUCACCUUCAGGCAGCCUAUUCGCUUCUGCUGGCUUUGAUGGCAAGAUCUACCUUUACGAUGGUACUUCAUCUGACCUAGUUGGUGAAAUUGGUAGUCCUGCUCAUGCGGGUGGUGUAUAUGGGGUAGCCUGGAGCCCAGAUGGUAAGCAGCUCUUAUCUGCUAGUGGAGACAAAACUGCCAAACUUUGGGAUGUUGAGACUAGACAAGUGGUGUCUGAAUUCGUAUUGGGAAAUUCUGUGGAAGAUCAGCAAGUUUCUUGUUUAUGGCAAGGUGACUACCUUCUAACAGUUUCUCUAAGUGGUUUUAUCAACUACUUAGAUAUUAAUGAACCCACCAAACCAUUAAGAGUGAUCAAAGGUCACAAUAAGCCCAUCACGGCUCUGACGCUUAGCGAAGAUAGAACUUCAAUUUUCACUGCCUCCCAUGAUGGAUAUGUGACCACAUGGAAUGCCGAAACAGGUGAAAAUGACAGGAUAGAAGGUGCUGGACACGGAAAUCAAAUAAACGGAAUGAAAGCGUUUGACGGAACAUUGUAUACCUGCGGCAUCGACGAUAGCUUAAAGCAAAUCGAUAUUGAAGGUAAAGCUUACAAACCAAUGAACUUAAAACUUGGCUCACAACCUAGAGGUAUGGACAUACUCAAGGAGCAAAACAUAAUAGUAUCCGCUAGCGUUAACGAAAUUACCGUAUCCAAAGAUAACCAAAAAGUAAGUACUCUUAAGGUUAGCUACGAACCGACUAGCGUGGCUUGCUCCCCCAAGGGUCAUGUAGCUGUAGGGGGCAACAUGGACAGCAAACUACACAUAUACGAACUUCAGGGUAACGAUUUGAACCAAAUACAUGAGUUGACUCAUUUGGGAGCCGUUACCGAUGUGGCCUAUUCUCCUGAUGAUAAGUACCUGGUUGCAUGCGAUGCUCAUAGGAAGGUGGUACUGUACAGUACCGAUGAAUAUAAGCUUGCCAAUAACAAGGAAUGGGGAUUCCAUAAUGCCCGUGUUAAUUCUGUCGCAUGGUCCCCAGAUUCUCAAUUGGUGGCUAGCGGAAGUCUGGAUACUAGUAUUAUCAUUUGGCAUGUCGAAAAACCUGCCAAGCACAUUAUUAUCAAAAAUGCUCAUGCUCAAAGCCAAGUAACGAGGCUCUCCUGGGUAGACAAUAGCACUCUUGUAUCAGUAGGACAAGACUGCAACACAAAAUUAUGGACUAUCACCCCAUUCUAGUGAUAUCUUCGUACCUAAAAAUGCUGGGCGUGUCAAAUUAACCCUCAUUUUAUUUAUUUUUUUAUUUAUUUUUUGGUUUUUCAUAUUGAGUAUAUUGCAUUUAUUAAAAUCACUUACCGGCAUUUUUUAUUAACAUUAUUUAUUUUUAUUAUAAAUUGCUUUUUAGUAUUGUUUGUAUGGAUUGUAUUCAAGAUGUGAUGAAACUAUAUCUGCUCAUUCAAUUAGUGGAUUAUUCUUAACAGUUUGCAGUGGAUACAACUCACCUAAUUCUCAGGAACUCAUUUUUGUUUUCAAAACAUUUAUUCUUAUGAACAUCCAAAAAUAUUUUCCUAACAGUAUUUUAAUAGUAUUAAGCAAUGAAAUGUUCGGAUUGAUAUUGGUUAUAAAACCUACUUAAAUAUUGUUAAAAUUGUAAACUUCCUUAUGAGUUAAAGGCUGUUUGCCACGACACUAGAUUAAGUACUAAACUAAGUUAUUAAUUUAGUUACUAAAUUAGAACUUACAUUUUACUGUCUGCUACGAUACCAGUACUAACUUAAGUCCACACACAUCCAAUGGCGUAAUCUCUCGUAAAAUUAGACAAAUAUAUGUUACAUUUUUAUUAUGAAGUUGACAGAUUCAAAAGGUUAUUUUUUUAAUGUGUUAUUAAAAUUAUUUAGUUGUGUUUUUUUUUUUAGAAUUACUAUUUAGUUGUUUGUUGUGUUAUUUAAGUUGUAGAAAAAAAAUAUUUUUUAAUUAGUGAUAAAUUUACAGAAAAUAUAUUGCUAAAAGUUCUAGAUUAUUUUGAGGUUUUAUCAUUUCCAACCUAGAAAUUCUGGAACUGUGCUCGUAUUGUAAAUGGAAAUAUAAAUAACGACAUGCAUGUAAUUUUCCAUAAUUGCAGUGGCGGGCAUAAUUAUUACAGAUGAAAGAAAAUCAUUUUAUUUUUAAGUACAAAAUAAUAAGCUGUUACAACUGUUAACUUUUGAAAAUGUAUAAUCUGAAAAAGGUUUCUGUACUACGUUUCAACUAGGGUUGCCACCUGUCCUUUUUUUAAAAGGACAGUCCUUUUAUGAAGCAAAAUGUCCUUGUGACUUUUUAAAGCUUAAAAUGUCCUUUUUU